CUGGAGGGUUCGAAUGGAAACAACAGUUGCGUACGAGAAAAGAUGGAUCAAGACGACUUGAGGUUAGGGUCAUGUUGUGGGGCUACGAGCCAAAUUCGGUCUCUCACAUCCACCCGCACCAGGUCAGGUCAGGUCAGGAGACGUGCGGUUCGAAUUAUAUUUGUUGUCGACACUCUCACUCUCAUACUCUCUUCGCCAACCUUAACCCCUCUGCAAUCCUUUUCUCCCUGCCCAAAAUUGAAGACAUGGUGACGUUCAAGAUUACCCGUGUUGAAUCUGCGCCAAUUGAUGGCCAAAAACCUGGAACUUCUGGACUUAGGAAGAAGGUAAAAGUGUUCACACAGCCACAUUACUUGCAUAAUUUUGUUCAAUCAACCUUCAAUGCUCUUUCUGCAGAGAAAGUUAAAGGUUCUACACUCGUUGUUUCUGGUGAUGGCCGGUACUACUCAAAGGAUGCGAUCCAGAUUAUAAUCAAAAUGUCAGCUGCUAAUGGAGUAAGACGUGUUUGGGUUGGUCAAAAUGGACUUCUCUCGACACCUGCUGUCUCAGCAGUUGUACGUGAAAGAGUUGGUGCCGAUGGAUCCAAGGCAAAUGGCGCAUUUAUAUUGACGGCCAGUCACAAUCCAGGUGGUCCUAAUGAGGAUUUUGGAAUUAAAUACAACAUGGAAAAUGGCGGGCCUGCACCUGAAGGAAUUACAGACAAGAUCUACGAGAACACAAAAACAAUAAAGGAGUACCUUAUUGCAGAAGACUUACCUGAAGUGGACAUCUCUGCAAUUGGCAUUUCAAACUUUUCAGGUCCCGAGGGCCAGUUUGAUGUAGAGGUUUUUGAUGCAGCGAGCGACUAUGUGAAAUUGAUGAAGUCAAUUUUUGACUUUCAAUUGAUCCAGAAAUUACUUACAUCCCCACAAUUCACAUUCUGUUAUGAUGCACUUAGUGGAGUUGCCGGAGCUUAUGCUAAACGUAUAUUUGUUGAAGAGCUUGGUGCAAAAGAGAGCUCAUUGUUGAACUGCAUUCCCAAGGAGGACUUUGGUGGAGGGCAUCCAGAUCCCAACUUAACGUAUGCCAAAGAGUUGGUAUCACGAAUGGGUCUAGGUAAGAAUCCUAAUAGUGACCCUCCUGAAUUUGGUGCUGCAGCAGAUGGUGAUGCUGAUAGGAACAUGAUCCUUGGUAAAAGGUUUUUUGUUACUCCUUCGGAUUCUGUCGCUAUCAUUGCUGCCAAUGCAGUCCAAGCCAUACCCUAUUUUUCAUCUGAUUUAAAGGGUGUUGCCAGGAGCAUGCCCACUUCAGCUGCUCUUGAUGUUGUAGCUAAUCAUCUGAACUUGAAGUUUUUUGAGGUACCGACUGGCUGGAAAUUCUUUGGUAACUUGAUGGAUGCUGGGCUAUGCUCAAUCUGCGGUGAAGAGAGUUUUGGAACUGGUUCGGACCAUAUUCGUGAGAAGGAUGGCAUCUGGGCUGUACUGGCUUGGUUAUCCAUUCUUGCUUAUAAAAACAAGGACAACCUCAAUGGUGGGGAACUUGUGACUGUUGAAGACAUUGUUAAGCAGCAUUGGGCCACCUUCGGACGUCACUAUUACACUCGCUAUGAUUAUGAGAAUGUUGAUGCAGGUGCUGCAAAGGAACUAAUGGCUUACUUGGUCAAGAUGCAAUCCUCUCUUGGGGAAGUUAACAAGAUCAUAAAAGGGGUACGAUCAGAUGUGUCGAACGUUGCCAAUGCUGAUGAAUUUGAAUACAAAGAUCCUGUGGAUGGCUCAAUCUCAAAACAUCAGGGAAUCCGAUAUUUGUUUGAAGAUGGGUCACGUUUGGUCUUCCGUUUAUCAGGAACUGGGUCAGAAGGUGCAACAAUUCGUCUUUACAUCGAACAAUACGAGAAAGAUCCAUCCAAGACCGGAAGAGAUUCUCAGGAAGCACUUGCUCCUCUGGUCGAGGUUGCUCUAAAACUCUCAAAGAUGCAAGAAUUCACUGGCCGUACUGCCCCCACCGUCAUCACGUAAAUAUAUAAACAUCGAAUUGCCCCCGCCCGCCCUUUAUUUCACAAAAAUAAAGUUAGCCCGUAAGUGUUUCAGCACAACUGCGGCUUCCGUUAUUAGCAAUCGCCUUUACUGGGGUAAACUGAGAGUGGUAAUAAAGUGGAAGUGGACCAUGGGUUUUGUCAUGAUUAGAAGAACUCGGUUUUUUAAAGUCAAAUUGUGAUAUUAUAAUUGAGAUUACAGCUAUUGGUAUGAUUGGUUAAGGAGGCUUUGUGGGUCUCCAUGAAAGUGUUGUUAUAGU